AUGUCCGGUAACGAUGAGAACGGAAGCCCUGGAGCGCAAGAGAAGCCAGAAGGCACUGGACAGUCCGAGCAUCUCAAUAUCAAAGUCACCGACAACAACAACGAGGUAUUCUUCAAGAUUAAGAGAACAACGGCCCUGAAGAAAUUGAUGGAUGCCUUCUGCGACAGGCAAGGUAAAGCACCAUCAUCUGUUCGUUUUCUGUUUGAUGGUAGCCGUGUCGCACCCACCGAUAGUCCGGAAACCCUUGAUAUGCAAGACGGUGACACUCUUGAAGUUCAUCAAGAACAGAUCGGUGGCGCCAACUAA